CGACGCCCACCAUCCCCAAACCAAAUCUGCUGUCUCUUUCCUGGAUGUAUGGCCAGCGCAGCAACCAAACUCCCACUCUCUUCGCUACUCCAACUCUCUCGCACCGCCGUAGCGGCAGCGGGCCGCCGUCUCAUCCCCAAUCUCCCUUUCUCCGCGCGAGGUUAUUCAAAGAUGGCUGGUCCAAUUGGAAAUAAUGACCACAAUGAUGUUACACGGGUGCUAUUCUGUGGCCCUUAUUGGCCUGCUUCUACUAUUUAUACAAAGGAGUAUGUGCAGAACUAUCCAUUUAUUCAGGUUGACGAAGUAGACCUUGAGCAGGUGCCCGAAGUUAUUCACAACUACCAUUUGUGUGUAGUGAAAAAUCGGCGUAUAGACUCGGAUAUAAUUGCCAAGGCAACCAAGAUGAAGAUCAUUAUGCAGUAUGGUGUUGGUUUAGAAGGUGUUGAUAUAAAUGCUGCUACAGAACACAAAAUCAAAGUUGCACGGAUACCUGGAAGUACGACAGGAAAUGCGAUCGCUUGUGCAGAAAUGGCGAUCUAUCUAACUCUAGGUGUUCUUCGGAAGCAAAAGGAAAUGGAUGCUGCUGUCAAGCAGAAGGACUUGGGCCUUCCAGUUGGAGAAACAAUUUUCGGAAAAACGGUCCUUAUUCUGGGGUUCGGAUCCAUUGGUGUGGAAGUUGCCAAGAGACUUAGGCCAUUUGGAGUAAAAAUUCUUGCUACAAAAAGAAAUUGGACAUCAAAUACAGUACCAUGUGAUGUUGAUGGGCUUGUUGAUAAGAAAGGUGGCCCAGAAGAUAUGUAUGAACUUGCUCGAGAAGCUGACAUUGUUAUAACUUGCAUGACCUUAAACAGUGGAUCAGUUGGAAUUGUCGAUCAUAAGUUCCUCUCAGCACUGAAAAAGGGAUCAUAUCUCAUCAAUAUUGCUAGAGGACUCCUACUGGACUACAAGGCUGUGUUUAAUCACCUUGAAUCAGGUCAUUUAGGUGGUUUGGGCAUUGAUGUUGCUUGGAUGGAGCCAUUUGAUCCAGAGGAUCCAAUCCUCAAAUUCUCAAAUGUUAUUAUAACACCACAUAUUGCCGGAAUCACAGAAUAUUCUUAUAGAACGAUGGCGAAGGUCGUUGGUGAUGUCGCCCUCAAGCUUCAUACUGGGGAGCCUUUCACCGAAAUAGAAUUUGUGAACUAGACCAGCUAGAAUUUGCAAAUUGCAAAGCGCAUUAUUUAUUGAAUUCGAGACAGAUUAACUGGAAAUAGAACAAUCAAUAAGGCCUGUUAUCAGUGUGAAGCUGAAAAAAUAAAUCCGGAUGAAUACAUUAGUAGAGAAUCAUACAAACUCAACUGGUUUAUAUUUAUGUACCCUUGGUAGUUUUCAAGCCUUUGUAGCAUGGAUGCCUGCUGGGUUGCAGCAGAGCUGAAGCAAGAAAGCCUCAAAAUUCUUGCAUUUGUAUUGCAUCAAAUCUACGUACAACAUUUGAGGGUGGCAUGUUUGCCUCAAAGCCAGUUUCAAACUGACGGGCAUCUAUGAUUCGUGAGAAUUUUCAUGCAUCCUCAAGAACUGAACUGUUUGGCUUUAAAUUUCUGCUAA